AUGGCAAACUUCUCUGUCAAUGAUCUGCUGACCGGAGGCUGUGUGGUUGAAGAAGUGAAACAUCUGAAAGAAACAGCAAUAGAGAUCUUUGGCCGAGCCCAAUUCAAGCUUCCCAUCAAAGAGUUGGAAACAAGUGAUCCUGACAGUAGUGGCACCGAUACUGAUCAGAGUUAUGCCAAACAGCAACUGGGUGUGAAGAGCCAAGAAACGAAGCUCUUGGGAAUACCUUGGAACAAGACCAAAGGCAAGAUCGGAGUUGCAUUUCCUUGCACUGGUAAAGAAGUCGCAGCCAAACGAACAGUGUUAUGCCGAACAGUGAACAGUUUGGCCAGUCUGCUUGUUGGGGAAGAUGAUCUAUUGAGAUAUUUGUGA